AUGGUUAUCUUUCUCUUUCCCAAACUGAGACGAAAUUCUCUCUCUCUCUCUCUCUCUCUCUGUCUCCCUGUCUGUCUGUCUGUCUCUCUCUCUCUCUCUCUCUCUGACUCCAUCUAUUUUCUAUCUAUCUAUCACAGUCUGUUCAUAACUAUCUAUCAUACUCUGUUCAUAUCUAUUUUAUUAUAUUUUAUUUUAUCUAUUCUGUUUAUAUCUAUCUAUCUAUCUAGCUAUCUGUUCAUUAUCUAUCUAUCUAUCUAUCUAUCUAUCUAUCUAUCUAUCUAUCUAUCUAUCUCUGUGGAUUCAUAUCCAUCUCGCUCUACACAGAAUUAUCUAUCUAUCUAUCUAUCUAUCUAUCUAUCUAUCUAUCUAUCUAUUUUAGUUUAUUCAUAUCUAUCUCUCUAUCUAUUUCAGUCUAUUCAUAUCUAUCUAUCUAUUUCAGUCUAUUCAUAUCUAUCUCGCUAUCUAUUUCAGUCUAUUUAUCUCUCUCUCUCUUUCUCUCUCUAUCUAUCUAUCUAUUUUAGUCUAUUCAUAUCUAUCUCUCUAUCUAUUUCAGUCUAUUCAUACCUAUCUCGCUAUCUAUUUCAGUCUAUUUAUCUCUCUCUUUCUCUCUCUCUCUAUCUAUCUAUCUAUCUAUCUAUCUAUCUAUCUAUCUAUCUAUUUCAUUUAUUCAUAUCUAUCUAUCUAUCUAUCUAUCUAUCUAUCUAUCUAUCUAUCUAUCUAUCUAUCUAUCUAGCUGAGUCUUUUCAUAUCUAUGUAUCUAUCUCAAUCUGUUCACAUCUAUGUAAUUUUCUUUCUUUCUUUCUUACUUUUAAGUUCUUUGUUUUAUUUAUUUUCUUCCUUUUUUACAUAUGUUCACCUUCUCUCAUAAUUUUCUUUCUUUCGUUUUUUCUUUGUCUUUUUUCCUUCGCUUUUUAUUUUGAUCAUUCUUUCGUCUUCUUUCUUUCUUCCCAUAUUUGCUGCUUUCUUUCUUUCUUGCUUAAUUUUAUUCUUUCAUGCUUUAUAGUUACUUGUUUGAUCUGUUAUUCUUUCGUUCACUUUCUUUUUUAUUUCUUUGAUCUGAAGUCUUUCAUAUUUUUUCUUUCUUUUCUUUCUGACGUUCUUUCUUUUAAGCAUUAUUUUGUUUUGUUUUUCUUUCUGUCGUUAUUUCUUUCUUUCCCUCUUUCAUUCGUUCUUCACAUUUUUUUUUUAUUUUUUGAUCUAAUAAUUUUUUCUCUAAUAUUUAUAUUUUUUCUUUCUUUUGUUUAUUUCUUUCUUUUAAUCAUUAUUUUGCCUUUUUUCUUUUUUUUCUGGGUCUUAUUUAAUCUUUCUUUUUUCUUUAAUUCUUUAUACGUAACUUCACGUUCUUUCUUUCUUCCUUUUUCUCAUUCUUUCUUUAUUCUACACCCCCCUCCUUUUAUUGUUUUUGUAUUUAUUUCUAUGCAUUUCUUUGAUGAUAAAUUUUUCAUCAUGAUCUCUCUUUUCCCACCCUCUCUUUUUUCUUGGCUUUUCUUGUUCUUAUUUACUCUUCCUUCCAGUUUUUUUUCUUUUUCUCUCUUUCCGACCCAGACCAUUUUCUCUGCUGACGCCAUAUUAGAUCAUGCCAGCUACUGUUCAUCCGACUCUCGUAGUUGGCCGCAAAAUAAAGCGGGUUCAAUUGUUGAUUGUAACUGCCAGUCCUCAGAAUAA